UUAAAAGAAAAGAGUAUUAUUUCGAUGCUUAAAUAAUGGCAAAUAGUCGGCGUAGAUAGUUAUAACCGCGAUGUGAAAAUCUGAAUUUUAAAAGCAACCAGCAGCGACCACACGCAAAGAGGGCGUCAACAAAGGGCGGAAGAGCACAAAGAAGAAGAACUAAAAAAAGAAAAAACAAAUUCGACGCCUAACGAAUAUUUGUAUUACUUGUUAGUAGUAGUUGUGAUAACUUCGUUGCCAUGAGUAACCACAGAUAUCAUCACGGCGGCGGCAGCUACAUGCAUCCACGAAUGUCGUAUCCACAUCACUUUACCUACGUUUCCAGUUGUGUGAAAUACCUUAUCUUUUUGCUAAACUUUUUGUUUUGGCUGUUCGGUGGGCUGCUCUUAGCGAUUGGCGUUUACGCAUUUAUGGAUAAAUUGAAGGAUGGCAUUGGCUGGGUUCGACUGGAAACAAUUUACGACGUUAUCUUCAAUAUAUCUUUAGUCAUGAUCAUAGCUGGUAUUGUCAUAUUUGUGGUCAGCUUUGCUGGUUGUUUAGGAGCUCUACGAGAAAAUACUUGCCUUUUAAAAUUCUAUUCGAUGUGCUUGCUGAUAUUCUUUCUCAUGGAAAUGGCUAUAGCCAUCAUUUGCUUUGUAUUCCCACAAAACAUGAACUCGUUUCUAGAGUUUCAAUUUACUGAUAAGAUUAUCCACUCAUACCGUGAUGACUCCGACUUACAGAACUUUAUAGACUUUGCACAGCAGGAGUUCAAGUGCUGUGGUCUAAGUAAUGCUGGCUACCAGGAUUGGAGCAAAAACGAAUACUUUAAUUGCUCGUCCCCAUCAGUAGAAAAAUGUGGCGUGCCGUACAGCUGUUGCAUCAAUGCUACGGAUAUUAGCUCGGGUCUAGUCAACAUAAUGUGCGGCUAUGGUGUGCAGGAGCACUCUGUGGCUGCAGCUAGCAAACGGAUAUGGACCAGCGGCUGUAUCGAGAUUGUUCGUGUCUGGGCAGAAAGGAAUCUAUAUGUGAUUGCAGGAGUUGCAUUGGGAAUUGCGUUCUUACAGCUCUUUGUGAUUUACCUGGCAAAAACUCUCGAGGGCCAGAUCGAUAUGCAGAAAUCUCGUUGGUCGUGAGUGCCAUAGCACCCGGUUUUUUACGGGUAUCCAUUCGAUGAUUUCUACUACUACGACACUCAAAUGUAAGCAGAGGGCAACAAAGUAAACGGCCAGGCCGCGCCUGCGUCACUCUUGGUAAUCCUUUCUUUGUCAAUCGUCAGUUUAUCUGGUCCGUGCAAUGCUCAAAUAUUUUUUCACAAUCAAACAGUAUUUAUACAAUUUUACUCUUCUGAAGCUUUUUGCAUUUCGAAUACUAUUGCCCUUCAUUGCCAUUUUCAUUGUUCUCAAUUACUCAAUAUUAUACUCCGAAUACUACCCCUUAUAUCUUAAUCGUGUAUACCUAUUAUAAUCAUAGAGAAAUAAUAUUACCAAAUGCCACAUUUGUAAUGAGCAUUGCCCAUUUAAUGCAUGUUUAUAUGUAAGUAUUUUAAAGCAUAGACAAAAUUAUAAUGAAAUUAACAAAUUUUGAUAUAUUUCAACGCAAUAUUAAUAUAUUCUCGUUAUCAUAAAAAUUAAAGACAUAAUGUACAUAGAUGUUAAGAGAGGUGUAUGCAUUUACUGUACGGCAUUCGAACUAAAUGAUAAGCCAAUUUGAAAUUGCAUGCACAUUUAUAUAUGUAUUGUAUACCCAACACAAUUAGUAUUAGUAUAAAUAUUAUAUAACCUAUUGUAUUGUAGUAGUACACCAUUCAAAAAUACUUAUCUCAAAAUAUCGAACAAAUAUAUGUGUAUACAAAUG